GUUGUAAUCUCUUAAGGAAGAAAGUUCCAUACUUUCUACUCAUGUAGGAGUUGCCAUAUGUCACUGUGCAACUACUCAUAUGAAGGCAGGACACGUGUCCAUCUGUAAGGUCGGUGUGCGUCUGCCACGCGGGAUUUCUAAUUGCUCCCGAGAGGCCGCUAUGAACUGAAAGAAAUUUCCGUCUUGAAAACUUGUAGUGCCUCCAAUGCGAUUUUCUGGGCUGUGUGUCCAGGAGGUGCAAUCACUAAAUUAGCUCCAUGAAUUAGUGUUACAUUAGGUGUUAAUCUCGUUGGCAAUCCGACAGCGUCGGUCUCUACAUGGGAAAGGGCUUGUGCAGCAGGUUUGGAAGAGAGAAGAACAGAGCAAUAGAGAUCGGUCCGGACGGGGAGCAGUGCCCGCGAAUUGGAACAAGUGCAGUCGGUGCUCGGAUAUCGUGCGAGCAUUCGUAGAAUUCUGAACUCAAUCAGGCGAAAGGGGUGGUGCAUGACAUUGAAGGCAAGGGCUCGAGGAGAAUCGGCAGUGUGUAAACACUGCCACGGGGAAAGGAGGCUGGAGGGAUUUGGUGACGAAGUGAUAUCUCGCAUGCGAUAAGACCGUAAUUGUAUUUGACAAGUUUAGGACGAUGAAGCAGGUUCGGUGUGGCGAUGGAAACAUUCUGGGUUUACUGGAUGGCAGGACGAUUGAUUCUCAGCAAGUGCCACAUCAUUACCAGGAGCAACAUUUUAUGCGGUCUGUUCAGAUGCACUCUUCACUGGUCCAUCGACUGGAAAUGGACGACGUUAUGGAGGGCCAUCAAGGGUGUGUCAAUACACUAGCAUGGAACGCGAAGGGAUCACUCCUUCUGUCUGGCUCUGAUGAUACAAAAGUGAAUAUUUGGGAUUAUGGCUCUCGUAAGCUGGUUCACGACAUCUAUACUGGUCACUCUGGAUAUAUCUUUUGUACAAAGUUCAUGCCAGAAACCGGAGAUGAUUUGGUGGUUUCAGGUGCUGGAGAUUCGGAGGUAAGAGUACACAGAGUCAGUCGGUUAGCUGGAGGGAAAGGCGGGAGAAAAUCCUCUUCGGAUCAAACUGCUGUAUUUCGUUGCCAUUCCAAACGAGUCAAGAAGUUGGCGGUGGAGGACGGCAAUCCACAUGUUAUAUGGAGCGCAAGCGAGGAUGGUACAUUACGACAGCAUGAUCUGCGAGAGGGUAUCGCAUGUCCGCCUCACGGUUCCCCACCGCACGAUUGUCGUAAUGUCUUGCUUGAUCUACGGUGUGCAGCGAAGAAGGCAUUACAAGCGCCCCCAAGGCACUGUCUCGAACUCAAGACAUGCGCGUUGAGUCCCACCCGUCCAAAUCAUCUUCUCAUCGGCGGCAGUGAUGCGUUUGCUCGUCUCUAUGACCGACGCAUGCUGCCCCAUUUAAGUUCUGCUCAGCAACCGUCGAAGCCCCCACCUUGUGUUUGCUACUUCUGUCCUGCGCACCUUUCUGACAAGAGCCGCUCGAGUUUGCAUCUCACUCAUGUAACAUUCAGUCCGAGUGGGGAGGAGGUGCUUCUUAGCUACAGCGGCGAACAUGUCUAUUUAAUGGAUGCUUUCACAGGCCAAGAAGAUGGAGUGGUUUACAGAGCAAGUGAUGUCCCCAAAAGAACUGUUCUUGCUCCAAUUGUUAAUGGCACAAAUGUCCAGUCAAAGUCUCCAGGAGCGGCUCUGGGCAAUGGAUACAGGCGAGGCUCCUCUUGGGUGCAAGAAUGUAGAGAACUUUUCGAAGAAGCCAAGAAGGCUCUGACAACUGGAAACAGUUACCUGUACGCGGUAGAGGCUAGUAGUGAGAUAAUUGAUGCCGGAGGUACCGUCAUUGGGAAUCAGUUGAGGCAUGAUUGUCUUUGCUUACGGGCAUCGGCCUUUUUGAAGCGCAAAUGGAAGAACGACCUUCAUAUGGCUAUUAGAGACUGUAAUGAGGCUCGAGCUAUUGAUCCCAUGUCCCCACAGGCACACCAUCAUAUGGCUGAAGCUCUUUCAUCGCUUUUGAAGCACAAGGAGGCGCUCGAUUUUGCCAUCAGAGCUCAUCAACUAGAGCCGUCAGAUGUGAGACUGUCGGAACAUGUGGCCCUACUUCGGUCAAUGUUGAAGACAGAUGAGGAUUCCAAGAAUAACCGAAACAAUGAUGGGGAUGUCAAGCUAGAAAGGAAAGCAUCCAGAAACACUGAAGCGGAUCUCAAGCUAGAGAGAAAAGCAUCCAGACUUCGAACAAUAAGUAAUCUGUUAUUUAGAUCGGAAUCGGACCUGAGCGAGGGUUACCAAGAUACAUGGCGUGGAGAGAGGGGCGACCUGUUCAAUGACGACAUGGAAAUGGAAAUGGAGAUUGAGAUGUCAGUAGGCGAAGAAGAUGAUAGGGAUGGAGAGCAAGGAGUCCUUCCAGGAUCAAGCUUGAACUUACGCCUUAGACCAAAAGUGGAAGGACGUGAACGAACAAACAGGGUUCUCUCAUCAGGAUCCACAACGUCUACAUCUGGAGCAAACUACGAGAAUUUUGCUGUUGAGGGAGAGAUUGCAGUCGAUAUGCGGCAGCGUUAUGUCGGUCAUUGUAACACUGGGACUGAUAUCAAGCAGGCAAGCUUUCUCGGCGAAAAAGGAGAGUUUGUGGCUAGUGGCAGUGAUGAUGGGCGCUGGUUUAUAUGGGUGAAAAAGACCGGUAGGCUCGUGAAGAUGCUGGUUGGAGAUGAGGAUGUCGUCAAUUGUGUGCAGUGUCAUCCUUUCGAUUGCGCCGUUGCGACAAGCGGGCUCGACAACACUAUCAAGAUGUGGGCACCAACGUCCCCUCGCCGCGCUGGAGGUAUGUCAAUGGUGGGUGAGGAAGCAGCAGAAUUUACAGAUCCUAAACACGUGAUGGAUAUCAACCAACGUAAUAUGCAUCGUCAGAAUUUGCCAAUGGAAUUUCUUCAUCGAUUCAGAGUACAGGAAAGUACGGAGGGUGCUUCUCAUCCUUUCGAAUGCACGCAAAGCUGAAGACAGUGAAAAUAAGUGAACAAAAGCUUAGCUCGUGCAGAUUUUGUUCUCCUUUCCGACUGUAUCUAUUCAAAUUUUGGAAGUGGAGUGGUUUCAUAUUAGUAUGUGUACUCUCCAGAGUGAUCCUUGUGUCCUCUGUAAUGAAGGUCAAGGUGGUCUUAUGGGACUCACUUGUUUUCCAUGACAGCCAAGUGUGCAAAAGAUCACAGUUACAAUACCAAUAAUCCACCUGAGAGAUUGUAGGAACGUACAGCAUGUACAUAGACGUAGCUUAACCUUUUCUGGGUUUCUCAUUCAUCGAUCUAAAUCAGACCACGUAGAAGAGUAGGCAAAAAUAAUUCCAUUUCGUGGCUGUGCCUGGGCUUCGCCUGUCUCACUAGUCCAAGCCCAACAUCGAUCGAUGGGAGUGAGGGCUUUGUGACAUGGAGGCAUUUGACGGAUUUUUGUGACAAAACUGGCGACAUCCCUCAUGUUACUGUAUAAUAUCCUAAUACAUGAAAUUGAAUCAUUUCAGGG